AUGGUCGCUAAUUCGUCGGUCCAGUUCAAAAGUGCGCGCGAAUUGCAUGAACUUGAAUGUUCCACUGCCGCUCCAUUGCCGUCAGGAUGUUCAACGCUAGAUGAACUGAUCGGUGGAGGUUUUUUACCUGGAUGUGUAACCGAAAUUUCUGGUGAGGCGGGAUGCGGAAAGUCACAGAUAUGGCAAUUUGUCGCAACUACUAUUGCUCGUGGUGCGAACGUCGUUUGCAUCGAAACUGAGCGUGGGUUUUCGGUGAAGAGGGUCCACCAGACUUCAGCUGUUGUCGUGGAUGCUAUUGCGACAUUUUUCCGUGGCUGCUCUUCCAAGGAAGAGUUUCAAGAAUGGAGAAAUGUGCUCACGAUAUUGUUUAAGAUCGCACUUCAUCACAGCAUUGCGGUAAUCUACGUUAACCAUGUCACUGCACGUGAAGAUGUCACUUCUGGCGAGUGGACAACGAUGCCUUUUCUCUCUUCGGGUUUCACAAGACGACCGACCAUUCAGCUAUGGUUGGAACGAAUGCGCUGUGGAUCUGAAGAAAAGAGGCAGAUCACUUUAUUCUCAUUUUACCGUAACUUCAAUAUCAUGGCUAUUUCCACAGAAUGUGUCGGCGCUGUUGCUCAUUUGUGUAAGAAGCGUUGUAUACUGAGAAUUACGGACGAUGGAAUGUGUUUCGUGGCAAAUGACACUCUUCGUGAGCAGGGGAAUUUCCUUAGCGUAUCCAUCCCUUCUCGACCCGAUUUUGAAAUCUUUAAUUUUGCUGGUGUAUCUGAUGAGAAAAAUGAGAUUGUUAUGGAGCUUGACAUAGACGAUUUCGAGAAGAGUGUAACUGGCAUCCACUCCUAUCUCAAAAUUAAAUUACGACAGAAAUCAAACCAGAAACCUUUCCUUCAACUGGAGUUGCGAGACAGGGGUACUAUUCAUGAACUUCCCAUAAGAUUGAUUAAAACAGCUCAUUGGUCAAUGUAUCGGAGACCAAAUACUCCUAGAGGGAUGAUGGGGAUCUAUUUUCCUCCAAUUAAACCUGUUAUGAGGGUGCUUCAGUCUCUGAGGCACGUAGGAAACAGAAACAUCACUUUGAAGUUAAGCAACAGCGGUGAAAUGCACUUAAAAUGCCGCAUGGAGCAGACAGAAGUAAUCGUUUAUUUUACCGAUCUAGCGAACGACACAGUGACUGAGGAACAGUCUCAAGAGCACUGGUGCACCGUGCGGUUGUCAUUGAAAGUUGUCCACAUGUUCUUUUCUGCGUUCAUGUUUAUGGCUAAUCUGAAUGUCCUCUUGAAUGUUGUAUCUGACCGUUUCGCUGAAUUCAUCGUGCGAAGAGAUGGGCUCGAGGUGUCGUUUCUUGUAGGAGGAGUCAACGAUGUUCUUUGA